UGCCGUUGAGCGCGUGCUCGGGCAGACGCGGGAGCGACUCUGGAAGGAUUAGAACAGAAUUCACAUGCACAACACUUCUGCCGCUGUACAAUAUAUGUUUACGUGCAGCGGAAUCCACGUGGCAAAUACAUGAAUUGUUUUUGAAUUGCAACCCAUUGUCCCCCCCUGGACACGAGAGUGACGCGUUGGAAUAAAGCGGAUUUAGUUUAUGACAGAUGAAUUUGCGAGACGCUGCUGUCAGACCUCCUGUAGGGAGGCAAAUGAAGGGCAGGGCCCCCCCUCCACCUCCACAUCCACAGCCUGCCCCCCGCAAGAUCUUCCGUAAUGUGCCUGAUGGAGGAGGGUCUUCAGGGGGAGACAGCAAGGAAAACAUGCUUCGAUCCAGCAUGGAUCUCCACAUCACUUUGCCUACAGGGUACCAGACCACCAUCAAUGUGGACGGCAGAAAAGCUCUGAUGGAUCUGUUGGUGGACCUGUGCAGUCAGUACCAUCUGAAUCCAGCAUAUCAUACCCUGGAGCUACUGUCACAUGAUGCUCAGCCCAUUAGCUUCAAGCCCAACGCCCUGCUGGGUGCCCUGGACAUAUCCUGUGCCCUGAUCAAAGAGCGAGUGCUGGAGGACAAGGUGAUCCGGAAACCUCCACCCAAAGUGCCAGAGAAAACGGUGCGUUUGGUGGUGAACUAUCACCGUAGUCAGAAGGCUGUGGUUCGGGUAAAUCCAUUGCCCCCCCUGCGUACCCUGGUGCCUGUGAUAUGUCAGAAGUGUGAGUUUGACCCAGCUCAUGUUCUGCUAUUCAAAGACAAUAUCAGCCACCACGAGCUGGACCUGGAUAUGUCCCUAAGUGAGCUUGGUAUCAGGGAACUCUAUGUCCUGGACCAGACACUAGUUCUGCAGCCUAAAAUGGCUUUGACACUUGCCCUGAACUACUCAGCAGAAUCACUUCACUCUAACAGCCAGAGCCUUAGUGGAUCAGAGAAGAGAGGUCUGCUGGGGUUCCUCAAGUUUAAACGAAGAAAAUCAAAGGGUAUUAUGUCGAUGGUAAGUGGCCCAUGUGUGGAGACCCGUCCCAGCACUCUGGGUCAGUCUCAGUCUGUGAUGAACAUCUCCAAGAUGUCCCCAAAAGUGGAGUUAAAGAAACGAAGGGCUCCAGUACCCCCACCAGCUCCCAUGCAGACAGUGCCACUGGCAUCACAGAUAAGAGAGCAUGGCUCUCCAUCCUCACACCAUCAGCUAAAGAAGCGCAAGGCUCCAGCACCUCCGCCCACUCCAUCCCCCAGUACACCUGAGCCUGUUAUGCCCACCCCUGAGCACACCACGCCUGUGCGGGCCCCCAGUAUCCCUGUGCCAUCGGAAAGGAUACCUCUGCAAACUCCUGCCACCAAGUCUCCAGCUGAUGACUCCAGGUCUGAUCUGAGCCACAGUAUUGAGGAUUCAGAACCAGCCAGGUCCAUCUGCUCCAGCGGUGAUGAUGUGGCUGCAGGAUCCAGCAGCAGCAGUCUAGCUGAGGAACCUGUGGCACAUCAGGCUCAUGUGAUAGCUGCUUACACUACAUCUAAACGAGAAGCUGAACCUGUGCUUAAAUACAAGGAAGAAGCAGCUAUCCACACAACGACAGAAGACACAGAAGCAGCACUGGAGCUAAAAAUGGAUGAGAUGGAGAACAACCGCAAUAGUGGAAUAGCCUGGCUGCAUUCAGCUCAUGAGAUUGUGUCAAAGAAGACCGCAGAGCAGGAGAUGGAGACGGUGUCUGUGGCUAGCAGUGAGAGUUUUGCAGACCAGGGCUAUGCAGCAUCAGAGGGCAUGGCUGAGGUUCUGGUGUCUCCAUCUGACAGGAUCCAAUCUGCAUCACCUGUGGACAUAAUUUCUUGUAACAGUGGCUCAGCUCUGCCUGUGGAGCAGUCCAAAGACUCUUCCAGUGACAGCGAUGAGGGCUGUGCAACCUGGGGCUCCAGACAAAGUGGGAAAACUCAGCGAGGACAUCAGCCAAUCAAGAGACAGAACCCCUAUGAAGAGGACUCAGAGAUCACCGCUCAGAUGCACCUAACCCUAGCCGAUUUAGAUGCAAAUCUGGCUGACAUUAAUCAGUCAGAUGGAGCACCUGUUUUUGUAGAUGAUGAAAUCCCACUGUCCAUAGUUGACAUGGACAUUCCAGUUACAACCAUUGACGAAGUUCCUGAUAAUGACCGAUUCAGCACAAGUGAGUGUGAGGCGGCGUCAUUGUGCAGCAAUCAAAACAUCCUCAGCCAACCGUGUACACCAUGCAAGGCGAUCCAAAACAAAAACAACAAUGCCUGUCUGACAGAGCAGAAAAGUUCAUCUUCAGCCAAUCAGAAGCAGUCCCAAGACAUUAAGCUAUUAGACAUUGAGAAACAAGUGAGUCCAUCUUCAACUACUCAGAAGUGGUCACAAAAGAAUAAGCUCACAGAUGAUAAGGAACAGAAAGUUGUCUUAAUCCCUGACACUAAGUGUAAAGCUGAAACUGAAGACCUAAAGAGCAAGAAAGACAUUGUAUCUCAGAAACAUCCAAGUCCUGUUUUAUAUUCUACAAUUCAAAGUAUUCAAAAGAUUCCUGAGGACAGACUACAGCCUGCACCUAUGGUCCAAAGACAUAGCACAGAGACUACUAAUGAAGACACAAGACCUACAAACAGAGCCCCUGCAACUCAGGGUAAAAUCACCCAGAGUUCCUUCUCUCGGUUUGGAAUGAAAACAUUCACAGUCAUUCCUCCCAAGCCAGCUGUGUCCCAGACUACCAAGCCUGUGGGCUCUCCAGUCAUAGGUGCCAUUAAGAUUGAUGAACAGGGCAACAUGGUUGCAAAAAGGCUGAUUACUACGCCCUCAGAAAAACACGGCAGCCCUGAAGGGGUCACUAGUGCAACAGAAUCCUCACUGUUAAAAGCCAAAUCUUUCUGGAGCUCUGCAGAGAAGCAAGACCAAUCAACUACCACCAACCAAGGACCCAUGAUGAAGAAUAGGGAAGCUGAUGUGUUUAAACCUUCAAUUGAAUCUGGAGUCUCUAAACGUUCGGAGAAUUCACGUAUUGAGGAAGCACCCAAAGAGACCAUUAUGUUGGAAAAGAACCCCAUAUCUGUAGUGGCAAGUAAGCCAUCGAUCCCAGAGUCUGUAGGGAAUUCCAAUUUCACAGCUAAAAAGCGAGAUCUGUCUUUUCUUAAACCCUCCAGAAGAACAUCUAGCCAAUAUGUAGCUUCAGCCAUUGCUAAAAACAAUUGCUUUACCAACACUAAAAUAAAUACCAUUCUGGAGCCAACAGAGUCCAAUGUUGGUUUUCAAAAUCUACCCAUCUAUCAAAGGUUUAAUAAUGAGAUUAGACCUACAAACACACUUCCAAUGGGGUCGUAUAAGCCUGCUACCACUUUCAAACCUACAGAAAGUUCAGUGCCUUCUUUUGGGGACCCUAAACACCUGCAAAAUUACCCCAGUCAUGCUGUGGAAAAGCCAAGUUCUGAACGGAUUAGUAGUAUUGAAAAAGGCAUUCUGCAUGGGGAAGACAAAACCAAAUUUGUGGACUCACAACCCAUAUAUAACAAAGUCCAGCCUUCAAAAUGUAUGUCCACUCAUAUUAAAUCCUUUGAAUCCUCUUCAGAAGAAGCCACAUCAGUCAAUACGUUAUCAGACAUCUCCUUACCUCGACAGAUGCCAACAGACACCAUAUGUCCACCACUUUCAAAGAAGCCAGAGUUAAACAAAUCAGAUAUUCUGUCUGAAGCAAACCAGGGUAACAUGUUUGGACCAGUUAAGAAGAUCAAACCUGUUGUUUUUAAGCCUGUCCAGAAGGAAACUUCUCUCCAUAACUCACUAAUGGAGGCCAUUCAGUCUGGAGGGGGGGUUGAAUGCCUCAAAAAGGUAUCUGAUUCUUCUAGCAGUUAUACUGUUAAGAAGCCAUCUUUCGUUAAUGUUGAGAAUGAGCAUUCUGCACUUUUAUCUGAGAUAAAAGCUCCAAGAAACUCUGCCAGACUGAAGAAGACCAAAUCAGGAGCAGCUAAGGAGCUAGAGCAGCACAGGAAGGCUGAGGAGGAAAGAAAUCUCCAGAGAGAUAUGAUCUCACCUACUCCAACCCCUCCUCCAACUUUUGUGGCACCCCCACCUCCAGCCUUUAGACCUCCCCCACCUCCUGCUCCAGCUCCAGCCAAGCCACCUCUAGUGCUGCCCACUGGGGGGAAACCUGAGGUGGCCCGAGAGGCUCUUCUGGAGGCCAUCCGCUCUGGCUCUGGAGCACAACGACUGAGGAAGGUACCUGUCACACAGACAAGAAGGCAAGUGAAUGGGAGACUUGGCACCAUUCAAGCAACAUCACCACUUUCUCACGGACACUAGAAACUUUCACUGGAUCAUUGUUUGGGUUUUCAGUAAAUCCAUAGCCAAAUCUGGUGUUUGGGCAUUUAUGCUAAUGCUUUUGCAGAUAAUGCUAACACAGUCUUCAGAGCCUUCUUUAUUUAUUGUGAUAUGCUGCUUCACAUCUGUGCCAAUACUAAUUUGCUUAGAUUCAGGCAGUUUGUGUCCUUCUACUGACAUGCUAAUGAUGACGUUGAAUUUCUUGGUUAAUGCUGCUAGCAGUUUAAUAUUGUUUUUUCAUGAAAGUCUGCCUGACAUCAAUAUCUUUAUCAUUACCAUACCUGAAUAUAUUAUGCAGGUAUUUUCUGUUGAAUCACAGUAUAAGGUGGCUGCAGUUAAAUCCACCUGCAAUAGUCAUUCGCAAGUAUGUUAAACCAACAUAUUUUUAUUAAAUUUUUAUUUUACAAAGUUUUUCUCUUUAAAUGUUUAGUUUCACAAUUAUCAGUGCUUUCAGAAUGAUCAUUAGAGUUCUUUACUGGUACAGUUCUUGACCAUAUUAAUUGUUUUUGAACCAUUGUAGAUACACAAGCUGCAUGUUUGACAAAUACAAAUGCAUCUUUAAAAAUCAUUUUCUAAAGCAAAUUUUUAAAACACUUGGUUGCCUUAUAGGUACUAAAUUACAUGGUUAAGACAUCAUUAUAAUGUAAUCAAUGCAUUCUCACUAAGCUACUAGACAAUUGUGAUCUUAACUAGAGCUGUCAUGGUUCUUCAGAUUCAUUGUAUGUCAUUAAGAAAAUUAUACACUUCUAGAAUGUAUAGCAAAUUGUUUAAUAUAUUCACACAAGUUGUAAAUCUUAUGUUGUUGUCAUUUAGUACUAUAUAGUAUAUGACAGACCUGUAAGGUUGUAAUCUAUUUGAAUCAAUGACUUGUGUAUAUACAAGUCAAAAGUUGUAUAUUUUGUAAAAAAAAAAAAAAGAAAAGAAAACAAAUAUAUACAUAUAUAUAUGUACAUACAUACACACACACACACACUACCAGUCAAAUAUUUUGAAACACACUCAUUCUUUAUUAGGGCCCAAGCACCGAGGUGCAAGGAUCCUAUUGUAUCUGCUCUGUUUAUUAUUAUUUCGUAUUCUUUUUUUCUAAAGUAAAUUGCAUUUUUGAGGGCCUAAACAUAAAACUUUGGGCACGCGCCAGAAGUGGCGAAAAUGUAUCUGAUAUGGUUUUCAGAAUGAGGUGUGGCAAAAUGGCUCGAUAGCACCACAUACAAAAAUUCAACAUUGUGCGCCUCGCGCUACGUUUCACCUACAUGUACUAAACUCGGUACCUACUAAUACGUUUCUAGGCUCAUGUUAAGGAAUUAUGCCCUAAACUCAAAAGAAAGUCAGCCAUUGUGAUUUUUCUCUCCAAUUUUUUCUCAGUUUUUGCCAUUUCCAGGCCUUGAACUUUAACGAACUCCUAGAGAUUUCAUCGGAUCGACAUCAUAUUCUGUCAGUCUAAUCUAAAGGCCUAGGCAAUGCUAAAUUGUGAAGCUUCUGAGUUUUCACUGUGCAGCGGUGACGUUCUGACUAUGUUCGAUGUUUCAUCAUGAAACAGGAAGUUGUUAUAACGCAUAUAUACAAUGUCCAAUCUGCACCAAAUGUCACACAUGUCAAAACAACCACCAUGAGGCAUCGGUGAUAGUAUUUAUUUCACCUCUAGAGGCCGCUCUCAUGCGGUAUAAUGACAGCGCGACCUUCUCAGCUGCUCCAGCACCGGACACAAUAGGGGGGAAAUUAUCGGUGGGGAUUUUUGCCGAUAACCGAUAGUUCCAGAAAUUGUUAUCGUGCCGAUUAAUUGGCAAAACUGAUAUAUCAGUCGACCUCUACUCGAAAGAUCGUGAAAUUUUGCACACACCUCAAAAGUGCCGAAAAUGUACAUCUGAUACAGGUUUUAGAAUGAAUGUUGCAAAAUGGCUCGAUAGCGCCACCUGCAAAAUUUCAACGAAGCAGCACGCCAACUUUCACCUACAUGUAAGAAAAUUGGUAGGCAUAUGUAACAUGUCAACAAGUACAAAAUGUCUCUUAGAGCCAUAUCCUAAACCUAACAGGAAGUCAGCCAUUUUUAUUUUUCUCUUAAAACAAACUCAUCCUAGAGAUUAAAUCAGAUCAACAUCAUAUUCGGUCAGUCUAAUCUAAGGGCCUUUGCCAUGCUAAACAGCAAAGCUUUUGAGUUUUCUUUGAACGGCAUGUCCAUGGCUGCCUGACAAUGCUUUUGCAUUAAAAAGGAAGUUGUUGUAACUCAAACAUACAAUGUCCAAUCUGCCCCAAACUUCACAUGUUUGAUAACAGUCCCGGCCUACAUGCCAAAAUAUAAGUUAUAGUCAUAGCACCACCUACUGGCAACAAGAUGGGACAUUUUUUGAUGUAUAGUUGUAAAAGACCUCAGGAAAAAUGAACUUUCCAGUCAGAAGCAGCUGAAGUAGGCCUACUAAACAGCCUGAGAAAAAUGUGUUGUCUUGUUUAAAUAUCUGCUGUGAUAUAAGAUUCUGUCAGGCUAUAUAUCAUUAUUCUGAUGUUAUUUCCAUUUCUUUGAUCAAAUUUGUUGUGAAAUAAAAAGCCUUUACCUCCUUAACUCUCCUGUCCUCUCAGAAUUACAUGCAAAUACAUGACCUGAAAAAUGAAAUGCAUUAUAACAUAAAAAGUGCUACAAAAAUUGUAUGCCUUUCCCCUGGCACAGCAGCCCCAAUGUGCACCAGGGUGUGAGGGCCCGUUCAUCGCUGCUUGUAGCUAUAAUUCUAAUUUUUAUUUUCACAUUUUAGAAUAAUAGUAGUCAUCAAAACUAUGGAAUAACAUGAAUGGAACUAUGGGAAUUAUGUUGUGACUAAACAAAAUCCAAAAUAAAUCAAAACUGUUAUAUUUUAGCAUCUUUAGCAUCAUCAACCUUUGACUAGAUUUUGCAGACAUGUACUCUUGACAUUUUCUCAACCAACUUCUUGAGGAAUCACCCUGGGAUGCUUUUUAAACAGUAUUGAAGCAGUUCCCAUCUAUGUUGGGCACUUACUGUCUUCUUUUCUUGAUCAUUUGGUCAAAGUCAUCAAUGAAAUGUUUUUUUUUUUCUAUUAAAUUUUAGUUUUAUGAUAAAAUAAAUUAAUAUGGCGGCACAAUUAUAUUUUUGCCUUCAAAACUAAUUACAAACAUUUAUGCCUUCAGAUGAAAAGAUUUUUUAAGAUUACGAGAAACAUUUCUGUUAAGUGUUUCAAAACUUUUGACCGGUAAUGUG